AAGUCACUUGAGGAACACUGUCUCCUCGAAUUUUGUCUCUCUUUCUCUCUCUUCGCCUAGCUCCGUCGCCGCAAGAGCGCAUCUAAUUCGCCGGUUUACUUCCCCAGAAGUUCUCUUCCACCAUUUCUCUUUUCGAUCUUCUGAUGCGGCUUCCUCUGCUAUCUUAGUCCCUAGCCGAAGAAGCUCGCAGGGUAGAGUUUUCGUCUCAAGGCAUGGCUCUUCCGCUCGGGAAGCUUACCAUCCUCAUCGGUGCAGGUCUUGUUGGGUCAGUUCUUGCCAAAGAAGGGGGCUUACCAGAUGUAUCUAAUUUGGUCUCGGGUACUUUUAAGAUGAUAUUUAGGCAACUGAAACAAGAAGAACCUGCCAAAUCAGCCAGCAAUCCCCAUAAGUCUACACUUGUAUCCCAGGUUGACAGUCUUAGGCGUGAAUUGCAGUUGCUAUCUUCAAACAGACCUAUCACUAUUGUUACGACAGCAGGAUCAGGUGGUAAGAAGUAUGGUUUGAUCAUUAUUAUUGGGGUGAUAGGCUACGGAUAUGUAUGGUGGAAGGGCUGGAAACUUCCAGAUUUGAUGUUCGCGACAAGGCGCAGCUUGUCAGAUGCAUGUAAUAAUGUUGGCGGCCAGAUCGAAGGUUUUUAUACAUCGCUCUCGGGUACAAAACGGGAGUUAAGUUCAAAAAUUGACGGGAUGGGUCAUACUUUGGAUGAAAAUACAGUAAUUAUUCAAGAAACAGGACGACAGGUAGAUGAACUACGGGAUGGUACAGCAAACAUGAAAGAUGACAUUAGGUCUGUUUUCGUUGCUGUUGAAAAUCUGGCAAGCAAAGUCCUUCGCAUUGAGGGAAAUCAGGAUAUGACGCUUAAGGGAGUUGGAGCUCUGCAUGCUCAGUGUCGGGAGAACAUGAGAAUUCAAGAGUCCAAUCAGGCUUUGCCAUCAACUUCGUCAGUGCAAGCCCUUGAGACAGCUCCUAUGACACCAUCAUCAAGGACUCUGUCUCUGCCUCCUGCUUCUCCCCGUGAAUCCCAGUUGCCGUCAACCCCUAAUGGAACACAACAGCCACAUGGUCCACUUCAACACACACAGUCUAUGUCUGGUUUAAAGGAGAUAAGUGAAAGCUCUAGCAGCCGCGAGACUUUUUCCAAUUCUGGAGAAGCCAUGGGAAACACGAGUUCAGGCCUGUUUAGUAUGUUCUCAAGACCAAGAAUAACGAGGACUCGUAGUGUGGUCAACGCAGUGCCUGCUAAAUCGAGCGGACCCCAAUAGAGUGGCUUGUCGAAACUAAGGGGAGAGAGUUUGAUCAUUCUAAUAUUAUGAUCAUAAAAAACCAAAAAAGGGGUAACUGCGAGUAUAGAGUAGAGGAUUUGAGUACGUUUUGUAUCAAAAAUGUCAUAAAUGGUGCAAAAUUUUUGUAGGGAUGCAGGCUUUAUAUUUAAUUGGAAUAUACUGUAUGUCACAAUUGAUCAAUUCGUUGCUCUGCCCUUUUGUAAUUCAGUAAUACAGGAGGUGGAUGAUGGUUUUGUCUGGCCGUCUCUUCUGUUUUCUUUUUGUAUUGAAAGAAAGGCUGGUCCUUCUAUA